AUGGGAGUAUGCUGCAAUGUUCCGCACAAUCGAGGAAGAUAUCCUACAAUCGGUGAGUUUGUCCCUACAUCCUCUUUACGAGGUGUUACCCGUGAAAGUAAUUAUUAUUCAGAUAUACGUGACCAUUAUAAGUUUAUAAAAGUAUUAGGCCAUGGCCAUUUUGGAACUGUUAGGGAAGCAGUCCGGAUCCAUCAAUCUUCAAGAAAACAAAAAUUUGCUAUUAAGUCGAUUCCCGUUGCAAAAAUUCAUUCAAUUGAUGUACUAAAAAAUGAACUGGAAAUAUUACAGCAAGCUGAUCAUCCUAACAUAAUAAAACUGCUUCAGUGCUAUGAAGAUUCGAAUUAUGUCCAUUUAGUCAUGGAAUUGUGCAACGGUGGAGAUCUUCUAGAAGAUUUUCUUCUAAAAGGAGUACUGAAUGAAGAAACUGCUGCUAAGUGAUUAGAAAAAAUAUGCUCAGCUGUGAAUUAUUUGCAUAACUUACACAUCUGUCAUAGGGACAUUAAACCUGAGAAUUUUUUAUUAACUAGUCGAUUUCCUGAUGCUGAGCUGAAAAUGAUAGAUUUUGGGCUAUCGAUUAAAUUUGCUGAAGAAACAAAAGAAUUUCACUCUAUCGUAGGUACUCCUUACUAUCUUGCUCCUGAAGUGAUAGGCAAGCAUUACGGUGUUGAAUGUGACGUCUGAAGUAUUGGAGUUAUGAUGUAUGUGCUAUUAGGAGGUUAUCCUCCUUUUGCUGGAGAAAACCAUCAUGAAGUUUUUGAAAAGAUUUUGCAUGAAGAAGUUGCAUUUCGCCAUGAAAGAUGGGACUUGAUUUCUCAUGAAGCAAAAGAUUUAAUAAGUCAAAUGCUUACAAAGAACAUACAUACCAGAAUAAAAUUGCCUCAGGUUCUGAAGCAUCCUUGGUUUAAAAAAUACAGGCAAAGCAAGUUGAAGCAUGUGCCUUUAGAUGUGAUAGAAACAUUGAUGAAAUAUCAUGCACCCAAUAAGCUUAAAAAUUAUCUGAUGAAGCUAGUCAUAAAGCAUAUGACUUAUAACGAAAUCAGAGAGCUUGACGACAUUUUCAGAGCUUUGGAUACGAAAAAAACUGGAAUUGUCAAUGCAUAUGAUGUCAUUCAAGCUUUAAAAAAUGCCAAGCAGCUAAAAGCUGUAGAAAAGCUAGAAAAGUGCUUAUCCCAAUUAAUCAGUCAAGAAACACUCAAGUAUUUUUAUAAUAUUUUAGCACAAUAGCAACUCUUUAUAAAUUUUAAUAUCUUAAUUUGCAAAGCAAUUCAAAAAACAACUUCCAUUCAACAAAGAAAUUAAUAGGUGGUGAAUUAGAAAAAAACAAAUACUUAUCAAAUGGAGAUUUUGCUUAUAGUGACUUUGUCAUUGCUACACUUGAUAAAAAACAAGUUUUGAACGAAGAUAUUUUGAAGGAUGUUUUUUAUUUACUAACAAAAGUAAAAGUUAUUUAGGGUUCUCGAAACGCUAUAACUUCACAAGAUUUAUAUGAAAGCUUUUUCCAUGCUGGAAUUGAAAUCAGUUUAAAUGAAGUUAAUGAGAUGGUAAACCAGCUGAAAGGAACAAUUAAUAAAGAAUUCGAUUUCAGUGCAUUUCAAGACAUAGUCAUGCAAAGCUCUCCGAUGCUUGACAGCCCAUUAAUCCCAAGAAGGACCAUGAAAAGUCCAUCUCCAGACCCAAGAUUGAGUAAAUUCUUACCUAUAGAAUAG